AUGGCUCCGUCCCCGGGGUGGCAGCGAAAUCUGCUACUGCGUUUGGUCCUGCUUGCCGCGAGCUGUGGCCGCCUGGGGGCUGCUGGGGUGCCGGUGGGGUUUCGGGAGGUGGAUGAAGACAGGCGCUUGUCACCAGAUCUUGGGCCCGCCAACCGUCGUGCUCGACAGCUGUUGACCGCGCAGCUCAAUGACAGGUGGGCUCUCCGUGCAUUGCCGGCUCCUAGCUGCAUGUUUGGCACUGGCUGCCAGGCUGUGCCCAGCUUUCCGCGCCGCAGGCUGCGGAGGCUGUUUGAGCGCCAACGGGCUAACUGGCAUCGGCGCUCGCCGAGACUGCAAAGAUGGGGUGGAUGGCCGCUGAGGGCGCAGAGAGUGGGUGAAGCCUCUCAUCCUGGUCCACCUGCCCCUGGCACUCCGCUGGGAGGGGAACGCCCAUACCCUACUGGAGCCGCUCGCAGACGUGCCCGUCCUGAAAGUCCGCAUGGUCAUGACCCCAUGCAAGUUGACGGUGGUGUUGCCGCUCAGGGUCGGGUUUACUGUCCUGUGCGGGGUUGCCCUUGCGGCGACUCUCGAGGCCAGGCUUUCCAGGGGUGGGCGAGUGUGGCUUGCAUGCGGGCCCACAUUGACUGCCAUCUGGCUGGCACUUUGCAAGGGGAGGUGCCGGCUGAGUGGAUGCAGGCCCAGAGGCGACAACGAUGUCGCGUCUGUGGGCUCAGUGUUUCCGUCCGGCACGGGAUCCACCCGACUUGCCACCCCGCAGCUCGCGCUGCGGCGGGCGAUCAGCCCGACCAAGCCGGGGCCCCUGGCUUGCCGACGCUGGCAGACAUACAGGCAGGUGGUACUCGUACUCUCCGGCACGUCCCACCCGCAGCCAGGUUCCUUUGGGGGCGGGUGUUUACCAGGGCCUUGGCGGAGGUUGUGGAGCACAACAACCUCCGUGCGUGGACCGAGCUUCUCAUGCUGCCGCAGUGUGUGCUGGGGGCACCCGCUCGAGGUGGACGACGCCAUCGCAAAGCCAUUGCUGCUUACACGCUGGACAGGCUGCAGCGUUGGCUCGAUGGAGAGCGCUCGGGUCUCUGGCAUGACAAGCAUGAGCUGCCUGGGCCUCGAGCCCGCAGCCUCACACCGGAGCAAAAGCGCGAGUUUGCUGUUGCCCUUGCCAGGGAGGGGUUCCACAAGAAGGCUUGCAACGCAUUGCUCUCGUCCGGCCUGUGCCCUGACAACGCGGAAACCGCGAAUGCUCUCCGGGCACUGCACCCUGCUCAGCCCGCUCCCGAGGUUAACUUCGAUGGCUUACCCCUGGCCGCUGAAGUGGUGCCGGACGUGGUCGCUAAAGCCUUACGGCAACUACCUGCUGACACGGCCCCUGGCCCUUGCGGUUUGAGAGUUCAACACAUUCGCGAAGCUGGGCCUCCUGGCGCUAGUCUUGGCAUGCUGGAGCACCUUGCUGCUACUGUCGGCUUGCUCUCACAGGGCCGUGCCUGCCCACAAGUUGCGCCGGUGCUCGCCGGAGCCUCGCUGGUUGCUCUGCCUAAGCCGGGAGGGGGCGUUCGGCCCAUAGCUGUGGGGGAGAUACUGCGCCGGCUGACCAGCAAGUGCCUCAUGAUGAUGGUGCGGGAUGACGCCCGCCAGUACUUUGCUCCGGUGCAACUUGGAGUCGGGGUCCCUUCUGGAGCUGAAGCCGCCGUCCACACUGUCCGCGCCUGGCUCCAGCGCCAUCAUGCUACGGCUGGCCACGUUAUGGUCAAGCUGGACUUUACCAACGCGUUCAAUAAUGUUGAUCGCAGGGCCGUCUUGGAAGCCGUUGCAGCCGCAUUCCCAGGCCUGGCACGCUGGACUGCUUGGUGCUACGGCCAGCCGGCACAGCUGCGUUUCGGGGCAUCAACCACGUUGCAGUCCGCUGGCGGCGUGCAACAAGGUGACCCUCUGGGCCCACUGUUGUUCGCGACCGCUUUGCAUCAAUUGGCGCAGGAGCUGCGGACUGGGCUUGCACUGACCAUCUUCUAUCUUGACGAUGGGAUCAUUGCGGGGGAUAUGGCGGCGGUAGGCGCUGCCGUUGCCCACCUGCAACAGCGUGGUGCGGCCCUGGGCCUUCAGCUCAACCUAUCCAAGUCCGAGGUCAUCGCUGUUGGCGACCUUGACCCAGAUACCCUGGGUCGGCACCUUCCUGCUCAGCUCUUGCAGGCCCCUGAUGGCUCGUCUAAAGUGCGUUGGAACUUUGAGCUUUUGGGGGCUGCGGUCGGCACCGAGGCCUUCGUUGCUGAGCACACUGCGGGCAGAGUUCAGAAAGCCGCGCCGCUCCUUGAAGCCUUGGCCGAGGUUGAGGACGCGCAGGUUGCCCUGCGACUGCUCAAACAUUGUGCUGGCCACUGUCGCUUGGUGCAUGGCUCCAGGUGUACCCCGCCACCUGGUCAGCUGGAGGCCCUCCGGCUCUUCGAUGACAUGGUGCGCAACUGCUUUUCCAGCUUCACUGGCCUGCAUUUAAACGGCUGGCAGUGGCAGCAGGCUGCUCGGGGCUUAGCGCAUGCCGGACUUGGCGUUCGCUCCGCUGCCGCGGACGCUUCGGCUGCUUACCUGGCCUCAGUUGGGGGCUGCCUUGACACCUGCCGUGCCAUUGACCCUGAAUAUGCGCAGGCGGGUUUGGCUGUCGACCCAGCUGUGGUGCAGGCGGCGGCUGACCUUGGCGAGCCUGUGGCCCCGCACUUGGCGCUUGGCAUGCGACAAAAGUCGCUUACUGCUGCCGCUGAUGUGGCCUCCUGGCGCACACAGCUUGCUGGGGCCAGUGCGACUGCUCGGGCUCUUCUGCAAUCCGAAGCCCAGCCUGGUGCGCGGGCGUUCCUUGCAGCAGUUCCCCGCGGAGCCAAGCGGAUGGAAACGGCCACCUUUGUUGCGGAGAUCCGUCAGCGCUUGCUGGUUCCGGACGCCCGGGAGGACACGUGGUGUCCACGAUGUGAUGGGGUCCUUGACAGCCUGUCUCUACACGCGGGCACAUGCGUUGCUGGCGGAGAGAGGGUGCUUCGCCACAACGCUGUCCGAGACGUGCUCUGCCGUUGGGCGGACCAGGCAGGACUUCAACCUGAAAAGGAGCGACCUGGGUUGCUGCUUCCGCAGCAGCCGGGCGACUUGGGCGCGCUGGGCCGACGCCCCGCGGACGUCUACCUUCCCAGUUUGUUUGGUGCUCCGGCUGCGCUUGACAUCGCCAUUACGGCGCCUCAGCGGCCGGAGACACUUGCGCUUGCUGGUCAGGAGGCGUUGGCAGCUGCCGCGGCCUACAGACAGGUAAAGAUGGACCACCUGCAGACCGCCCAGCUCUGCUCGGCGCAAGGGGUCCGCUUUGUCCCUAUGGUGCUGGAAGCCACGGGAGCUUGGGAAACUUCGGCCGCAAAGAUCCUCCUCCACAUCUCGCGGGCGGUAGCCACGCGUACACAGACGGAGCCAGCGGUCGCACAUGCCGAGCUAUUGCAGGAACUCUGCGUGGCGGUAAGGGUGCACCGGGCUCGGGCGAUUUUGCGCCGCCGUGCUGAGCUGGCGGCGGAGUAG